AAGAGUUGAGAAAUCCAAUUCCCUCCAAUUCUCCCCCAAAACCCUCCACACCCGGGUAAAAUUCAAACCAGAAUUCCUCCGAUAACUGCAGUAGAGCACGAAGUGAAUCACAAAUCCGCGCAAUUCGCCGCAUUCCGCGACGAAAUUCGAAGUGAAAAUGGAGAAAGACGACGACGAGAUGAGGGGGGAGAUAGAGGAGCGGCUGGUGAACGAGGAGUACAAGAUUUGGAAGAAGAACACACCGUUCCUCUACGAUUUGGUCGUCACUCACGCGCUCGAGUGGCCGUCUCUGACCGUGGAAUGGCUGCCCGACCUGGAGGAGCCGCCGGGCAAGGACUACUCCGCCCAGAAGAUGAUUCUCGGCACCCACACCUCCGAGGAUGAGCCCAAUUACCUCAUGCUCGCCAGGAUUCAGCUGCCGCUCGAGGACUCCGAGAACGAUGCCCGCCAUUACGAGGACGAACGGUCUGAAUUCGGUGGAUUUGGUUCCGCCAGUGGCAAGGUUCAAAUUAUCCAGCAAAUAAAUCACGACGGGGAGGUCAAUCGGGCCCGUUACAUGCCCCAAAAUCCGUUUAUUAUUGCUACCAAGACUGUUGGUGCAGAAGUUUAUGUUUUCGACUAUAGCAAACAUCCAUCCAAGCCUCCCCUAGACGGUGCGUGUAACCCUGAUUUGAGGCUAAGGGGCCACAACUCUGAAGGGUAUGGUUUAUCGUGGAGUCAGUUCAAGGAUGGUCAUCUUUUGAGUGGUUCGGAUGAUGCCCAAAUAUGUUUGUGGGAUAUAAAUGCAACUCCAAAGAAUAACGCUCUAGAUGCAAUGCAAAUAUUUAAGAUUCAUGAAGGUGUUGUUGAAGAUGUGGCAUGGCACCUCAGGCACGAAUAUCUGUUUGGUUCGGUUGGAGAUGACCAGCAUCUGCAUAUAUGGGAUCUCCGUUCUCCCUCAGUCAACAAGCCAAUACAAUCUGUACUUGCCCAUCAAGGCGAGGUAAACUGUUUGGCUUUCAAUCCUUUUAACGAGUGGGUUCUGGCGACCGGUUCCACUGAUAAGACCGUCAAGUUAUUUGACAUGCGAAGGAUUUCUACUGCACUACAUACAUUUGAUUCUCACAAGGAGGAGGUUUUUCAGGUCGGAUGGAACCCAAAGAACGAAACCAUCUUAGCUUCGUGUUGUCUUGGUAGGAGACUGAUGGUCUGGGAUCUCAGCAGGAUUAAUGAAGAGCAGUCAUCGGAGGAUGCUGAGGACGGACCACCAGAGCUCGUAUUCAUUCAUGGCGGGCACACUAGUAAAGUAUCCGAUUUCUCAUGGAACCCUUGUGAAGACUGGGUUGUUGCUAGUGUGGCGGAGGAUAACAUACUUCAAAUAUGGCAGAUGUCUGAGAACAUCUACCACGAUGAAGAUGAUCUGCCAGGCAACGACGCCAUGAAAGGCUCCUAGUUUCAGUUUUUUCGACUCGAUGUAGCCUGUUUAGCUCUUCAAAAUAUUCUGUGUUUCUUCCUAUGGCUGUGUUGCACCAUUUAACUAUCGCUUUUAACUUAUGAGAACAAUUUCAAGUAUUUUUGCUACA